AUGGAGACUGCAAAGAUAUCAAAGCCCCGUCCAACCUCCAAAACUGUGAUGUUUUCAUCAAUAUUUUUUGCCAUUGCUGUCUGCUUUGUGGCACUGAUUCACGUCGAGAUCGUGCUACGCACUCAUCGACAUACGCUUCAAGUCUUGUCUCGAGAGAGAGAAGCAAAUGCAGAGCUACGAAACGCAGUUCACCGUCAUGAAGCAGCGUUUGACCUGAUCUUGAGGAUGUUUCACAGUAACUCGCAUGAAAGUAAGUUGGGUUACACAGUAAACUUAACGUUUAAGAGACUAACGUGACCAUCUCAGAAUCGUGCGAUUUUCUAGCAGCUUGAAGCUAAUGCAGGUAUCAAUGUUAAGAAGGGGAGGGGCGGGGGUACAGGCAAAGGUGCGGCACUUUGAAUUUUUUUUGCAUUUUUUGGCCCGGGGGGGUACUUGAUAUAUCCUUGGGUGAGGAGGUGCGGCCCGGCCCCUUAUACCCCGACCCUGUUUAAGACAAAAAUCGCUGAUUUUCCUACCCUGUUUUACACAGAAUUCCGACUUUUGAUACCCUGUUUAAGACAUUUAACCCGAAACCAUACCCUGUGUAAGACAAUAAUAAAUAUCGAAACUCUCUCUUAUUUAAAAAACUAUUUACAGCUUGAUCAACAGAGUGGUAGUUUAGUUCGUAGGACAUACGCGCGGGCUGUUUAUCGUCCAAAAAAAGAUACCCUGUUUAAGACAACAAUUGAUAAAAUCGAUACCCUGAUCAACUUUGAAGACAAAAAAGUGAUAAAAUCGAUACCCUGUACCCUGUUAAGACAAAACUCAUGCCGCAAAACAUACCCUGGCUGGCCGCACGUCCCGAUUAAGGCCUUAUAAGGGAGUUCCCCCCCGGGGGGUUUUGGUCAAAUUCCCGGCCCUUAGGACUGGAAAUUAGUUCAAAUUUGAUAAAAUAUCCACACCUGGGGAUAAAAGACUGUGUAGUGACUUGUAUUAAAAGUAAUGAAGUAGUUUGAAAUGUACGCUUUUAACUCCUGUUAUCGAGGGUAGAUUUAAGAAGAUUGAAGUUGAAUAAAUUAAAGAAAAAAAAUAUAAUCCCCGAAAGUUUUAGAUUGCUUCCCAGUAGUGGAAAAGGUGUUGAGAGGAUAUUGCGUUCGUCACCAAAGUACUGCUAGGUUAUCGUGACACCGCCCCUUGAUUUACUGAAACCGGUCACUUCAACGAUUAAAAAAGGCUGAAAAUCCAGCUUUGGUUUCACCAAAAUUGAAUUCCAAUAUUCUUCAAACAAACUUUGCAUUAUACUGAAUACGAGAUGGAACGCUUUAGCGGUAUUGCAUUAUAAAAAUAUAAUAAUUACAAAUUCAAAUGGACCCAGUCCUCGGCACGGUUAAAUUCAUAUGGCCGCAACAUGGGGCAAAAUUUGUGGUCAAAUGCCCGGCCAGAGAGGGGAAAGCAGAAGUGUUCAAAUGCUGUACCUUUGCCCGUUUUUCCUGUAUAACUAGUAAAUAGAAUCCCCCAUUAACGUAUUACUAAAGCAUCCAGGCAUGGCUCAAUAAAAAAAAAGAUUAUUUUGGGUCUCGAACCCCCGCCACAAUCAGGUAUUAUAAUUCUAAAAGUUGCUGAAAACUUUCAGGAAACCUUAUUUCGGCAAGUUCGAUCGAUUAGGAUUGAACUGAUGUGGUCACGUAAGACGUGAUGUCAUAAUGGUAAUCAAGAGGAAAUUCUAAAUGGGGUAAGAAUUGUUGAUUAAAAAGAAAGUCUGAACCAUGUGUAAAUGUUGGGUUUACCAUAUAAAGAUUUUCGGUGUCCGGAACGGAGAGAUUUUAAAAUCUAUUCAAAAGAUAUUAACAGAUGAAAAGUAUCGGUAUCACGUGGCCUGUUUUGCUUAAUUAUCAAUCGAAUAAAAUUGAGAGUUAACCAUUCCGGCCAGUUUCACGCAGGGAACAAUGGUACAAUGGUAAAAAUACUGUAUUUCAUAUCUACUUUGUGGUAUCUCGCCACGUAAUUCAAAAUUUCUUUUCUUUCCUGGACAUGACCAUAACGGGUCACGUGACACUAAUAUCCGGUUCCUUACGUAAUUUCCGAGGUUGCUAAGUUUUGGAAGAUUCUGGUAAAUUUUCCCAAAGCUAUAAUCAUUUCAAGAUUUCAUGCAAAUUAGGCUCAAGCCAGGCCUUAAUUGAAAGGUCUUUUCUCGUUUAGCUUAGAUAAUUUUAUUUCAUAAGUUCGCGUUAUUAGCAAUUCCUCGACAAUAAAUGAAAAUGUGUUGAAAGCUAAUUACCUUACUAUUUAUUUAAACACCAAGACGUCACGGAAGGAACAACACCAUUGUACCAUGGAGGUGUUAGCAAUCGCCACAAAAGAAAUGUAGCAUCAAACACCAAUCCAACGACCAGCCCAGAGGAACUUAAGACAAAAGUGACUUCAUAUGCCUGCCUCCUUAUUCAGUGCCCAAGAAACAUCACGCGUGGCCCCCCAGGUCCUCCCGGGCCUAAGGGAACUAGUGGACCUCCCGGCCUCCCGGGGCCUCCUGGUCCUCCUGGGCCUCACGGCUUCCAGGGGUCCCAGGGGCCUAAAGGUGACCAAGGUGCUGAGGGACCUCCUGGACGUAAAGGCGACCAAGGACCUCAAGGACCUAAGGGUUCUUGUGGUAAGUAAAGUUUUAAACACUCUACAUGGGCAGGUAAAACCAGUUGCAGAAGGGCUUGAGAAACUGUUAUCGACAUUGUCCAAAUAUGAGCUUAUCAGACUUGGCAGGAUUCCAGCCUCUCUAUAUCCCUAUAUCAACUAUUUUUAAAAGAAUUCAAAGAUCGUAUUGAACUCUGGUUGGAAGGACACCUUCGAACGGGGAAGAGGGCGAAGAAAUUCUUGUAAUUGAAAGAUUUCUUCAUCUGAGGCACAUUCUGAGAAGGUUUUUGGCAGGGCGUAUCUAAAAAAUUCAAACCAUUUUGCAACUGAGAUGCCAGCGAAUAACAGUUUAAAGGUAUUUUACUUUGUGACUUGAUUAAGUUUUGCUGUUUAAUAUGAUAACAAAACAAAAUUACGAGUAGCAUUUUUCCAUUUUUCCACGCAACUUGAGCCUUUUUGGCAAGAAAUUCUCAGGUUAACUUCAGAAAUGUUUGUCAGAGUUGAUCAGAAUUAUACCGACAGAUGGACCAGGCAUAUACUUGCAACUGAAUGAGAUUUUCUUCUUUUUCAAGGCAAGAUCAAGAAAGGGCUUGUAUCUACUGAACCGGGCCUGUCGUGCGAAGACAUCAAGUACAGCGGAGUUUACUCGAACGGUAAUUACUGGAUUCGACCUGCAGGGUCAAAUGAGACUUUCCAAGCAUAUUGCGACAUGUCAGCGGUUGGAGGUACGUAGAAAUAUAAACACUAAUCCCAGUAUAAAAACAUUCAUCCAAAGCCUUUUUUUCAGAAUUGUGAUUUCCUUACACUAUUUUAUUGACCUUUUUUUCUUCCCUAACCACGGAACAGCUUCUAUCCGAUGGAUGAAAGUGAUUUUGUACAGUCAAUUUAAAGUAGUUAACUUAUUUGCACUAUGAGGCGGUCCAUGGGGACCAGAGGUUUGAUACCGCUUGUGCAGUCAUCCUUUUUUACAGUUUUAGUGCACAACUUGCGAAAGAUAAACAAAUCUUCCAAAGCAUGAAGAGGCUGGCAUAAAUGCAAAACUAAAUUUUACUGGCAUCUUAAAGAAAGGUCAAGUGCAUCUAAUCUAUUUAUUGCUUUGCCACUUCUUUGGUAGUUUUUUGUUAAAAUGUUUGUAAUAAGAGUAAAUUUAAAGCAAAGUUCCAGCAGAUUGAGUGCUUGUGUAAUACUUUCAUCGUUUUUCCUAUAAGUCCAUCAUCUUUAAAAUAGCAGACUAGUUAGCAAAAGUCAAUUUGGCCAGUGCUAAUUGCCCCUUGUACAGCAAGCACCAGAUCAUGGAGGAGCCAUUUUGCAAUGAAAAUCUGUAGAUAAGUUUUUUCUAUUAUUUUACGAAAAACAAUCGCUCCUGCUUUUACUUACACUCGAGUUGUAUCACUCUAAAUCAGCCAUUUGGACUGACUGUUACUGCCCCUUAGUUUGCUGACUUUCAUCGCUACACGGUUACCUGAUUUCCGGACCUCGACUUUUACAAGAAGAUGUCACGUUUUGUUGAGCGUGAAGGUUCUGAUUUCCACUAGAUUCACCAGAUUCCCGUUAGACUUCCUAAAAUUUUGUUUUGCAAAAUAGCCUAAACUAGCGACAAGCGCUAAGAGGACAUUAAAGGCUGGACUUCAGAUCGAGAGUCAUGGUCAAAUGACAUGGUUUUCCUAUAGCACCAAGAAAGACAGAAUCUAUGUUUUUCUAUUUCCUCUUUUUUGGUAGAUUGGAAGAUUGUCACCCGUGCGUGGAUUGAGAGCACUUUCAAACGAGGCGUUAUGCUGACCUACAGCGAGGAAAACUAUGGGCUCGUCAUCUCUGGUAGCACAUACUUGCGUGGCUGUGGCAAGACCAUAAAUCCAGGAGCGUUGACGUUAAUCAAAGGUUACUGGACCAAAAUAAAGUAUACGCAAGAGUUUCGAGGGGUAACGUCGUGUUGGAGUAUAUUUGGGGCAAACUGGUGAGGUUUUAAUAACGUUCAUAGUGUCAAUAAUAGACCUAGACCUUCAUAAAUAAAAGAAACCACUGCAGCGAAAACAAGCAGAAAUAAGCGUCCUAUUCAGGACCCUAAUGUAUUCAGGAUUGGCUUAAAUCUGACUUCUAGCUACUGACUUUGACUCUGGAGAAGUCACUUGACGGCACUUGCACCACUAUGCUUAACUUCCUGCAGUCCUGAACAUCAACUCGCAAAGCCAUGUACUCAAUGAAAUCCCGUGUUAUACCCUUCCCAGACUUUCAAAAGGCUAUUGUUACAAUCUUUUGAGAAGAAUUUCGUUAGGAUCCGGUGAACUUUGUAUUGAAAGCUCUAAGAAACGACAGAGACUAAACAUAUUGUCAUCUAAAAAAAUGACGUCCUUGCCGGAGUGGCCUUGUCCUUAAACAGAUAAUACGUUUUAUGAACCUGAUGUUUGUUUUAAUGAGUUUAGGUAUGGCCGUUCUUCUGUGAACAAUCACCCAACAGGUCUGCACCCCUUUGACGGCUACAAAGGAGACUCGAUAACCGGACAGCACAACAUGGGAGGAAACUGUGAGUAAAUUAUAUUCUUUUUCCUUUUGUGAAAAUAUAGCAAUUUUUUCGCUAGAUAGGCGAGGUUAAAAAGGAACUAGGCAUAUAUAUAUAUAUAUUUUAUUUUUUUGGCCUCCAUUAGGUUUAAAAUGAAAAUAUUUGGCAAGCGUGUAAUGUAAAUAGUGAAGUCUAUCAAGUCUAUUUUUUUGUCCAUUCCGUGAGAUGGCCGAGAUUUCAACACUAAAAAGAAAAGUAAAUAAUUAUAUAAGGCGUAGGAUACAUAAUUAAUUAAACUUAGGGUGUAUUUAAUUAAACUUAGGGUGUAUUUAUUUGCGGGAUACGCCUACCGUAAAUGAUCGAUUAAGCGCCGCGGUCCUUAUUUCAUUUUCCAUGUUAAAGGUCAGCUGCGCUUCUUCGAAGGCGGCGCUUUUUUCAACUACCGGCAAAACACUGAGGGGAAUAUAGAGAAAACUCAAAGUUGAGUUGGUCGUGGUCUUAUUUCUCAAGCGAUAUGGUUUUGAUAUCUCUUUUUAGUAAAAUCCAACUAGUGGUCUAUUAUCAAUGCUGUGUUCUGAUUGGUUGAGCUACUACUAGGCUAUAUGUUAUAGCCCAUUAGCAGCAAAAAGCGCCGGCAAUUUGGCGGGCACAAAAUGAUUAAAGUCUAGCUUUAACUGAUACUAGCUAAAGUUGUUUUUUCUCGAUAUUUUUGACCAACUAGUUGGAUUUUACUAAAACAAUUAUUCCUCUCGCCCUCAUGGCCUGUGAGUCAAUAGCCAUUCGGCCUUCGGCCUCACUGGCUAUUGGCUCAGAGUCCAUUAGGGCUCGAGGAAUAAUUGUUAAAUAUCAAUCGCCGUAACAAAGGUGUGGCGUUUAUUUAUAAAUAGUUUAUUGAGGGUGAACCAGUCAGUCAUCCGGUUCAGAUGUAUCCUAAGAACUAAUCGUAGAUUCUAUGCUACCUGUACCUGUGCCCCACCCGAAACAAGAAGCCACUAAAAACUGUGGACAAAUAUUGCAAGAGAGUACAUAUCAUUCUUAAACUGAGAAAAUCUAGAAGAGAAAAGACGCGAGGAAGAAGACUUACCAAUAGAGAAUGACAUAAGACCUUCCGCCAAAUACUAGACCUGCCCCCUAGUCGACAUUUUUGAGCAACGGGAGAGAUUUUUGAAGCGUAAGGGGCCGUCGACAUAUUCACUUGUUCCUCGCUCAACGUCGACUGAACGUUUGGCGGGAGGAGGCGGAAGAGGGAUAAGGAGAAGUUAGUGCGGGGUAUUUUUACCAACAGCAAACUUUUUAAUGAAGUUUACCUUGUGCUUAGAAAGGUACACUUACACUUAAGAGGCGCACUGAGCUUUGUAAAUGCGCCAUAUAGGAGUGUAUUUUUUUUUUAAUUUUAUUUUUAAAGAUCUUUUUUUAAAGAAUUAGGAAUUUUAGGAAUACGGGAUUUUAUUCUUUUAUUUCUUUUUCUUUUUAAUAUCAGAGACGGAUAAUUCUCUUUUGUAAUGACUUAAUAUAAACUCUGGACUGCCUGCAAGAGUCACUGACCGCAUCUGAACCGCAAGGAAUGUAUUUGCGAAAUCGUUAUUGAGAAAGUGAUUGCUAUUUUUAUGAUUUAUAUAAUUCUUAAUGUUAUAUAGUGCUUAAUUCUUACUUCAAAUAUUUCUGUAAAUUAUGCACAUAAUUUUUUUAAAAAGUUCAAUAAAGUUAUUAUUAUUAUUAUUAUUAUUUAUUAUUAUUAUUAUUAUUAUUAUUACUAUUAUUAUUAGGCAUAGUUCAGUAGACUGGAAAUGAGAAGUCGGUGCAUAUUGUGAUCUUUUGAAUUUCAUCCUAGAUGGCUAAAAAAAAUUAAAGUUAAACGGUACCAAAUAUACGUAAGUUUGCUGAUAUCAUAAAUACGUUUGUGAACAAGAGACAUGAAGAAAGCUCUUUGAAAACAAGGCGACCUUUUAUUACCGAUUCUAGUUUUCUUUUCUGAAGACUGAAGUCGGCAUUCACAACGUCAACAAGAAAGCAGAUUAUGCAGGUGUUGCAGCAGACAGUUAAACUGUAGUGACUCUGAGAAUGCAGUGACUUUUGGAGCAGCAAAAUCUCAAGUGGGUGAGGGGGGGGGGCGUCUGACCUAAACGUCCAGUUGACGUCAAGCAGGGAACAAGUGAAUAUGUCGACGAUCCCUAAAGAAUAAUAAACUUCUCAUGCAAAAAAACUGGCGUAUGAAAUAUACCAAUGCGAACUUCUCUUGCAAAAAGAAUUGCGACGUUGGUAAUAUAAUAAAACAACCCGCUCAAGCUUUCAACUCUGCGUAUAUCGAGUUCUGAAGAACUUUGAAAGUGUAAAAAACACUCAAGAAGUUAGAGGUGCUUUCCAUCGCGCUACAAGCAACUUUUACGCUUCUUUCGCGCUCUCCGUGCUAGCUUCCCGCGUGCUUGCUUUAUAACUAGAUGUGACGCUCAGAUACGUGCUAGCAUAAGCAUGAACCAGUUGUUAACCGAAAAUGUCCCUUUUCAUUUUCAGCUCACGUCUUCGAUGGCGUGACAACAAAAUGUAACAAUGACAGAGCAACCAACUUUUGGCUUCACCCGCAUACAGUUCGUUCCGCCACUGUUGUCCUCAGAAGGAAUUUGACAGCAAAAACGGCGGGAAUUUUUACUGGCACCUCAUGUGGCUUACCUACUUACAAGAUCAAGGAGAUUUUCGUUCGUUUUUAGAUCGCGUAUUUGACACAUACCAGUUCGUUUUAUCUGUACUCAGUGCAGACCUUCGUAACAUCCAGCAGCAUGGACCAAAGACUCGCCAGUAGCCAUUAACUUUGUAGUAGAUCAGAACUUCGUUGAAUAUGUUAAAAAAAACUUCUGUUUGUAGCUUCAGAGGUAGAGGGUCCUUGGUUAAGAAUUAAACAGGAAUUAUCUGUAAGGUGAUGUUGUUUUAUGAUAGUUUUUUGCCACUUAUAUACAAUGAGUAGCGUCUGCAUGUCCGUAGC